GACUCGCCAUAUCCUCGACAACCCGGAGAGCUGUAAAGUUAAAUUAAAGAAACCCCGCUGGUGAUCUGGAGCAUUAAUAACUUAGUUUAUGUUACAGUUUUAUGUGCCUUGGUGCGAUCGGGCGCGCAACAGAAGGUGAGCGCACAUGGGCGAACAUUUGUCCGUUUGAGUCAGUGACCGAAAAAAAUAACUGUGAAAAAAAAAGUUAAGCCGGCGACAGAAGACUAACGGGAGGCUAUAAUGUCUAAUUCUUCCGACCCUCGUCAGGAGAACACACGGAGGGGUUCUGGUUUGGCACGUGGAAAAAGACCACCGGAUCUGGAGCUGUCAGAAAUUACUUUUAGUGAGCCCGAAACAGGGACACCUGUGGGCAACAACACGUUUUGUGAAAGGGACAAAAUGCCAGAGGACGGGUGUACCCCCAACGAUAUACCUCCCGUUCACCUCCACCCUUAUUUUUCUCAUCCCCGGAUGUCUGUGCGGAUGUCGGUGUACAGCACCGGGGUUCGUCCAGUCCUCACCCGAACCUACAUCCAAGGGCGCGUGUAUAAUUUUCUGGAAAGGCCGUCUGGCUGGAAAUGCUUCGUGUAUCACUUCACAGUAUUUCUGAUAGUUUUGGCCUGUUUGAUCCUCAGUGUUCUCUCUACCAUUCAGCAGUACCAGGCCCUGGCGCAUACAACACUCUUCUGGGUGGAGAUUGUCCUUGUGGUGUUCUUCGGUGUGGAAUAUUUUGUCCGCCUUUGGUCAGCAGGCUGCCGCAGUAAAUAUGUUGGCAUCUGGGGCCGACUACGCUUUGCCAGGAAGCCAAUAUCUGUUAUAGAUCUGAUUGUAGUUGUUGCUUCGAUAAUUGUGCUGUCAGUGGGCUCCAAAGGCCAGGUCUUUGCAACCUCUGCUGUAAGAGGGAUUCGCUUUCUGCAAAUCCUGCGUAUGCUCCACGUUGACCGACAGGGAGGAACGUGGCGUCUCCUGGGCUCAGUUGUCUUCAUCCAUCGGCAGGAGCUGAUCACAACCUUAUACAUUGGCUUUUUGAGCCUGAUCUUCUCGUCGUACUUUGUCUACCUGGCAGAGAAAGAUGCUGUUGACAGCAGUGGCACCACUGGUUUUGGGAACUAUGCUGAUGCCCUGUGGUGGGGAGUGGUCACAGUGACAACUAUUGGCUAUGGAGACAAAGUGCCACAAACCUGGAUUGGAAAGACUAUUGCUUCCUGUUUCUCAGUCUUUGCCAUUUCAUUCUUUGCCCUGCCUGCAGGAAUCUUGGGCUCAGGCUUCGCCCUGAAGGUGCAGCAGAAGCAAAGACAAAAACACUUCAACCGACAGAUCCCUGCAGCUGCCUGUCUCAUUCAGACAUCGUGGAGAUGUUUUGCGGUGGAGAACUUUGAUUCUGCCACAUUCAAGAUGUUUUUGAGAAAAAGAUCAAACAUCCCUGCCUCUUCUCUAUCCACCCCCAAGCCCAAGAAAUCGGUGAAGUUGAGGAAGAAGUUGAAGAGCAGUGACAAGGAUAAUGGUCCAACUUCCCCCACAGUUCCGAGCAUCACCUUCGACUCUGUGUUUGACAGCGGGAGGGAGAUGAGUUCAGAUGUUUACAGCACUGUUGGCACAGCAGGACUCUACACUCUGGGAGGAUGUGAUCGCCAGCAGUCCUGGACAUCUUUGUCCUCUCUUCAGUUCAGCUCACCACCUCCAGUGAAAAGAAGCCCUGGCCUUUUAAAAGUCCACUCGCCCAGCGCGCUCCAGAGGAACUGCAGCUUUGCAGACGACAUGGAGCUGGAGCCAGAGAGAGAGAAUGAACUGGCCCCAGCCUCCUCAGUGUCACAACUCACAGAGUCUCACCGAAAAGCCAUCCGGGUGAUCCAGAGAAUGCGUUAUUUUGUGGCCAAGAGAAAUUUCCAGCAAGCUCGUAAACCGUAUGAUGUGCGAGAUGUGAUUGAACAGUACUCCCAGGGUCACCUCAAUCUCAUGGUGCGCAUCAAGGAGCUUCAGAGACGACUGGACCAGUCUUUAGGGAAGAUAACUUUGUUCCAGACAGGUUCAGACCGAGCCAAAGACAAAGGCAACAACUCUAUCGGAUCCAGACUCAACAGGAUGGAGGACAAGAUAACACACAUGGACCAGACUUUGAAUCGCAUUGUGGAGUCCCUCGCAUAUCUGCUGGAACAGAAGGAUGCUGGUGGCGACGGUGGGGGCGGGUCAAGGCUCGGACCGACCUGUAACGUCCUCCCCAGCCAGGACAGCCUGCCAAGCUAUGACCAGCUAUCUUCACCCUCUUUGUAUGCCUCCUCCAACACCGCCAGCACAGUGGUCUGCCCCAACCCGCCCCCGAGCACCACUGGCAGUCAGGAUGAGAGCUGAUGAAACCAAUAAGCAAACACCAAGUUUUUCUUCUUUUAGUAUAAUAUAAGAUAUUUAUGAUGAAUGUCCCAGCAGACCAUGGGGAAUAUGGACAUCUGUGAGAGAAAAACAAUAAUUCAACACUGCAAUAUCUCUUAAGGAUUGCUAUUAGAUCUUUGUAAUUGCCAGGAUUGAGUAUUGUACUUAACAUUUAUUCAGGUUAAUGCCAAAAACCCUGCAACUUCAACCUCCAUUCUUCCUGUUUAGCAUAUGCAUAUGUAGAAAUUAUAAUAAUUUGCAGUAACUUUAUUACUCUUAGGGGCCUUACAUUUCUAUAUAUCACUUGAAAAUCCCAAAUGAAAGGCUGUUUUCACUGUUUUCCACUUUUUCACUUUUUUGUCAAUGUGAAGAUUUCCUUUCUCUUUUGACAAUAAAAUA